AGUUUAUCGACGGCGGCGCACGAUUGUUGUAACAGUUGUUGUAACUGCAUUUUAUUAUUUAACAAUUAAAAACCAUUAGCAAGUGCACUUUGCUGUGCUGUGCAAGGAUUAAAUGCAAGAUAUUCGGUUAAAAAACCGUUGUCGAGUUCAGAAAUGUGAAACUAGGGAGUUUGUGCAUUUUUUUUAAAGAAUAUUGGUGCAAAUAAGGCUUGCAAUUGUUGUAAAUUUUGCUUGUGCUACUGUGAGUGUGAGCGUGUGUGCGUGAUAAGUGCAACACGCAAAUAAAGAAGAACUGGGAGAGCAGAGCACGCGAAACAACACAACACAAAUAAAGAAGCAAUUGUCUCGAGAGUUUGUUCAAUCAACCAACCAUUGCUUAAGUGAAUGCCAAAGAUGGACAACGAACAGCCGCAUCAGGAGUUGGUCAAGUGCGUCUUAGUUGGAGACACUGCCGUGGGAAAGACGCGUCUGAUUUGUGCCAGGGCCUGCAACAAGCAUGUGUCGCUAUCACAACUGCUGUCCACACAUGUGCCGACCGUCUGGGCGAUCGAUCAGUAUCGCAUUUACAAAGACGUGCUCGAACGAUCGUGGGAAGUUGUAGAUGGGGUUAAUGUCUCGUUGCGAUUGUGGGACACAUUUGGUGAUCACGACAAAGAUCGCCGCUUUGCCUACGGCAGAUCCGAUGUUGUGCUAUUGUGCUUCUCCAUUGCAAGUCCGAUCUCGUUGCGCAAUUGCAAGGUCAUGUGGUAUCCGGAGAUACGUCGCUUCUGCCCAGAUGUGCCCGUCGUCCUAGUUGGUUGCAAGAACGAUCUGCGCUACAUGUACCGCGAUGAGAACUAUUUGUCCUACUUUGGCGAAAAGGGAACGUUCGUAAGAGCUGCAUUAAAGAGCGAUUUGGUCAUGCCGGAUGAGGCACGCGCCGUUGCCAAGGAGCUGGGCGUAAGCUAUUAUGAGACUAGUGUCUUUACAUACUUUGGUGUGAACGAGGUGUUUGAGAAUGCCAUCCGAUCAGCGCUAAUAGCGCGUCGUCAACAACGCUUCUGGAUGACAAACCUGAAGAAAGUACAGAAACCACUGCUACAAGCACCAUUCCGGCCACCGAAGCCGCCACCACCGGAGGUUACGGUCAUGGUUGGCCACUAUCGACAGGACAUUUACAACAUGUUCCUGUCACAGGCAUAUGCCGAUCUCAUUCUUGUCGCUGGCGGCACAAAAUUUGCUGUGCAUAGAUUCAUGCUUGCCGCUGCAUCGAGCAUUUUCCAACGCAUCCUGACCACGGAGUUGAGCGACAUGGGAGGACGCAGCAGCAGUGAGUCCAGCAUGGUCAGCUCAACAUUUGGAGAGGCGACCAUUGCUGAUUUUAAUGAUGAUACUGAGUAUCUCAUACGCUAUGAAACACGCACACAACGCAUGUGGGAGCAUCUUAAGAGGCGUUCCAGCUAUCAAGCCUUGCCAUUGGUUGAGUCAAAACGGUCGGGAGAUUUACAUAAAGAUCUGCAGCAUCCAGUGUUGCAAAGUCUUCGCUUGGUUCAAGUGGAAAAUCAACGGGGAGUCAGUGCAAUCCAAACAAUCGUCACCCUCAACAAACUCAUUUCACCACAGGCUCUUCAUCAGUGCCUAAGAUUCAUUUAUACCGGCACUAUUGAUAAAGAAUGCAGCAAUAUUCAGGAAAUAAGAGAAGCUGCCGAUUUCUUAGAACUGCCUCAAUUAACCAUGUUGCUUACCAAGCCACAAAGCAUCAUGGACAGUCCAAGUGAUGAACCAAAUCCACACAUUUGUCUUCGCAUAAAGGAGAGCAUGGAGAGACAUUGCAUCGGCGAUGGUUGCUUCACCGAUGUUACCUUUGAACUGGAUGAUGGUCUGAUGAAGGCACAUCGAGCUGUCUUGGUUGGGCGCUGCGACGUUAUGCGAGCCAUGCUCUUGGGUGACUUUCGAGAGGCACAUUCUAAUGUGAUUGUUUUCCCUGGAGUUACCAUCUAUACAUUCCAUAAGCUGUUAUGUUAUCUGUAUACAGAUCAGAUUCCGCCCAUCUCAGCGGUGAAAUGCCUCAAUUUGCUGGAAUUGGCCAACCGAUUGUGCCUGCCGCGCCUAAUCAAUCUAAUUGAGUGUCGCGUUAUCGAAGAUCUCACAAUAAUCUCACAAAACGAAACCAAUGAAACGGUGGAUCACUGUCUCAAGCUGCUAGAGCCCGUCAAGUUGCACAAUGCUCAUCAGUUGGCCGAAUGGUGUAUGUCGUAUCUGUGCGUUAAUUACAAUGUUAUUUGUAAGUUUUCACUCAAGGGCCUCAAGGCUCUGCAUCAGGAUAAUCAAGAGUAUUUGCGGGAGCAUCGUUGGCCGCCAGUUUGGUAUCUGAAAGACUACGACUACUAUCAGCGUUGCAUCAAUGAAUUGAAUAAGGAGCUGAAGCUUAAGAGCUCACGCCGCGAUUUUCCCAGCGACGAUGAGGGCUGUCUAUGCUUCACUGGAGUGUUUUCUUGGCUGCUAGGUAAAUCAAAGCGGAAUGGAGUCGUCACGUCCAGCACGACCAAUGGAGACAGCAGUGGCGGAACAACGGCUGAGAAUCAAAUAUUUAAUAGCUCAGCCAACUCAAUGAACCACAUCGACUUAGAGGCGGACAUCGAUCUGAAUCUCUGACACCCAGCCUUAGGGCACGGAAGAUCACUGCGAUUUAUUGUGAUUCUGCCCGUGCUGAUUUGUUUCAUCUGUACAAUUCUAAGUAUUUUGAUACUUUUCCAAAUACACACAUAACAAUCGCCGUGGACUAACGGAUGGUGGCGGCGACUCUGCUUUUGACACUCAAAA